AUGGCGUCUUUCAAUUCAAACCUCCACUCUGUUACGACAUCGCAACAAUCCAAUCACAAGAAGCGCCGCAAACUCACGCACCAUGCUUCCCUCACUCCCGCUCGCUGGACUUCCCAAACCGAACACCGCAUCUACGCCUCCAAUCUCCUCCACGCGCUCCGCCGUAACAGCCCUGUCGCCGCUCGCCAUGUCCGCGCCGACGCUGACCGCACCCUCGCCUCCGCUGCCAAGGGCCGAACCCGAUGGAGCCGCGCGAUCCUCGCGAAUCCGUUUGGCCGGUGGAAGCAGAGGCACCUGAAGAGGAUAAGGAAGCCCGGCACCGGAUUGAUGAAGAAGAGGACGCCGGAGAUUCGCCGAACGGUGCCGCCGCUGCAGAAGAAAGUGCGAGUUCUCGGACGGUUAAUCCCCGGUUGCCGGAAGGUGUCGUUCCCGAAGCUUCUGGAAGAAGCCGGUGACUAUAUCUCUGCCUUGAAGAUGCAAGUGCGAGCCAUGACUGCUCUCGCCGACCUUCUCGCCGGCGGUCCGUUGCCACUCGCUCAGCUCCGAUUGAGUUGA